AGUAAACCACGAACCUUUGAAAUCAGAUACCCAGAAAAUAAGAAUGAAAUUACCUUUUCUCAUUCUCCUUCUGAUAACGACGUGGUUUACAAAUAACGUUAUUUCUCAUUCUCCUGAAUCUCGACUACUUGAUAGAAGUGAUUUUCCAGAUGAUUUCAUUUUUGGAACUGCAACGUCGGCCUUUCAGACCGAAGGUGCAACUAGUGUAGGUGGAAAAUCCCCAACUAUUUGGGAUUACUUCACCCACACUUUUCUAGAAAGAACCAAUAUGCAGAAUGCAGAUGUGGCAGUCGAUUUUUAUCAUCGUUAUAAGGAUGACAUCAAAUUGCUGAAAGAGCUAAAUAUGGACUCUUUCAGAUUUUCAAUUUCGUGGGCUAGGUUAAUACCCAGUGGAAAGGUAGAGGAUGGAGUAAAUAAAGAAGGGUUACAGUUCUAUAACGCUCUCAUCGACGAACUUCUUGCUCAUGGCAUUCAACCUUCGGUGACUCUCUAUCACUGGGACCAUCCUCAAGCUCUUGAGGACGAGUAUGGUGGUUUCUUAAGCCCUCAAAUAAUAGAAAAUUUUCGAAAUUUUGCAAGAGUUUGUUUUGAAAACUUCGGCGAUAAAGUUAAGAUGUGGACAACUAUAAAUGAACCAUCCGUUAUAAGUAUUGCGGGGUAUGACACGGGCAACAAAGCAGUUGGAAGGUGCUCGAAAUGGGUGAAUAGUAAGUGUCAAGCCGGUGACUCGGCAACCGAGCCUUACAUUGUAUCACAUCAUCUUCUUCUUUCUCAUGCAGCGGCAGUACAAGAGUUCCGAAAAUGUAACAAGACUUCAAAAGAUGGUAAGAUUGGGAUUGUGAUAUCGCCUCCGUGGCUUGAACCUUACGACUUCACUUCAUCUGCCGACAAACAUGCUGUUGAACGAGGCCUUACCGUAGAAAUAGAUUGGCAUCUAGAUCCGGUAGUUUACGGCGAUUAUCCAAAAAUCAUGAAAAAACACGCCGGUAGCAGAUUACCUUCUUUCACAGCAGAACAGUCAAAGAUGUUAAGAAAUUCAUAUGACUUCAUUGGAAUAAACUAUUACACUGCACGCUUCGUCGCUCAUCGUCCUCACAUUGACCCUGCACUGCGUCGAUUCAGGACUGAUCAUCAAUUUGAGAGGAAAGAAAAAAAUCAUAGUAACCACCUAAUUGGACCAGGGGAAAAUCGAGGCGUACUCUACUACUCGUACCCAGAAGGUUUUCGAAGACUUCUAAACUACGUUAAAGAUAAAUACAAUAAUCCUAUCGUCUAUAUAAAAGAAAACGGAAUCAAUGACUACGAUGACGGUACAAAAUCACGAGAUGAGAUUCUCAACGAUACAUUUAGGAUAAGCUAUCAUACGGACCACCUUCAACAACUCCAUAAAGCUAUAAUAGAUGAUGGAUGUGACGUCAGAGGAUAUUACACGUGGUCGUUACUAGACAACUUUGAGUGGGAGCAUGGAUACUCUACUAGAUUCGGUCUUUACUACAUUGACCGCGAAAACGAUCUUAAACGGUAUCCUAAAGAUUCCGUCCACUGGUUCAAACAGUUUCUCAAUAGACCGGUGCUAAAAAGUGAACAAACAGAGAAUGAAGAAGGUUGGAAGGAAGAAAAUAAUAACAACACUUUGGAUGAUUCAGAAGGUUUUGAGACAUCGAUUGAUUCUAUUAUAAAUCUCAUGACAAACACAUCGAGAAUAGAAGAAGAGGGAAAUGAUAUUUGCGCUUUUGAGAAUCCUAAUGAUCAGCUCGGUUUCUUGUUGGGGCCGCAAAAGUUAUUUGGAACUCUAGAGAACCUUUUGUGAACGAGACUCUUAGACUUUGAAC